CUCAGUGCGUCGGCACACGCGGCGUCGGCUGCUUCGUCGUUCGGGUUCCGCCGGCCAGCAUUGAGAGCGGUCGCGCGGCGGCCUUUCUUCGGCGCGCAGCGCAAGGCAACCGGCGGGACGAGAGUUCGUGGCUUUCGUUGUACUCCGCUCUGCUGCGACCAGGCCGCUGCUCAGAGGCGAGGCGAUCCUAACAAGUGGCCGCCACUGCCGAACACCCGCUGAACACAACUGCAGAGCGGCCGCCAUGCCGGGGCGACGCCCGCCGCCGUCGCGUCGCAGCCUUGACGCCCCCGCCGCCCCCGCCACGCCUCUCGCCCGUUGACAGCUGAAGACGCAGCCUCUCUCAGCCUCACUACAGCGCCGGACGCCCCAGGUGCCAGGAUGUACGGGCUGCUGCUGGAGAACAUGUCCGAGUACAUCAAGCAGGUGUACGGCGAGGACCGAUGGGAAGAGAUCCGGCGCCAGGCGGCAGUGGACCAGCCCAGCUUCAGCGUCCACCAGGUCUACCCGGAGACACUGAUCCCGCGCCUCGCCAAGAAGGCCAUCCAGGUGCUGGGAAUUACAGAGCGCGAGUUCUUCGACCAGAUGGGAGUGCACUUUGUGGGCUUCGUCAGCCAGUACGGCUACGACCGGGUCCUCUCCGUGCUGGGCCGCCACAUGAGGGACUUCCUCAACGGUCUGGACAACCUCCACGAAUACCUGAAGUUCUCGUACCCGCGCAUGCGCGCGCCUUCCUUCAUCUGUGAAAACGAGACGCGCCACGGCUUGACCCUGCACUACCGCAGCAAGCGACGCGGCUUCGUCUACUACACCAUGGGGCAGAUAAGAGAGGUGGCGAGGCACUUCUACCACAAGGAGAUGCGCAUCGAGCUGGUGCGAGAGGAGCUGCUGUUCGACACGGUGCACGUCACCUUCCAGCUGACGUUCGACAACCGCGCCUUCACGCUCGCCUCGCUCACCAUGACGCGCGAGGAGAAGCACCUGCCCAUCAGCGCCUCCAUGCUCUUCGAGAUCUUCCCUUUCUGCAUCGUCUUCGGGAACGACAUGGUGAUUCGGAGCAUCGGGAACUCUCUCAUGGUUAUUCUGCCCGACCUCAUCAGUAAGAAGAUUACAAACUGGUUUGACCUCGUGCGCCCCUUAAUUGCCUUCAGAUUUGAAACUAUCUUGAACCGCACAAACAAUAUUUUCGAGCUGGUCACCGUGGAACCGGUUCUGACGGAGCGGCCGUCGGACAGGAAGAAACACGAGAUAAUACUCAGCGACCAGUCCGAUUCAGUCGACGAGAAAAAGCUUAGGCUGAAAGGGCAAAUGAUAUACAUGGACAGCUGGCAAAUGAUGAUGUACCUGGGAACACCGGUGAUGCCUGACCUCAAUUCCCUCAUUACUACAGGGCUCUACAUCAACGAUCUCUCAAUGCAUGACUUCAGCAGAGAUCUCAUGCUAGCUGGCACCCAACAGUCUGUGGAGCUGAAACUGGCAUUGGAUCAAGAACAACAGAAAUCAAAAAAAUUGGAAGAAUCCAUGAGAAAACUUGAUGAGGAGAUGCGGAGGACAGAUGAACUGCUUUACCAGAUGAUACCAAAGCAAGUUGCUGACAGACUGAGAACUGGCGAGAAUCCUAUCGAUACUUGUGAGAUGUUUGACACUGUGUCUAUACUAUUCUCAGAUGUGGUGACUUUCACAGAAAUCUGCAGCAGGAUCACACCAAUGGAAGUUGUCUCAAUGCUGAAUGCUAUGUACUCUAUUUUUGAUACACUGACAGAAAGGAACUGUGUCUAUAAGGUAGAGACCAUAGGUGAUGCUUACAUGGUUGUGUCCGGUGCUCCAGAGAAAGAAAAGAACCAUGCAGAGAAAGUAUGUGAUAUGGCCCUUGACAUGGUGGAGGCAAUCACAGAUCUCAAAGAUCCUUCAACAGGAUCUCAUUUACAGAUACGUGUCGGCGUGCAUUCUGGAGCUGUUGUGGCUGGAAUUGUAGGCCUCAAAAUGCCACGAUAUUGCCUCUUUGGAGAUUCAGUUAAUACAGCAUCACGAAUGGAAUCAACAAGUGAAGCAAUGAAAAUACACAUUUCACAGUCAACACGUGAUCUUCUUCCAUCAACAUACCACGUAUCAGAGAGAGGAGAAAUACAAGUAAAAGGAAAAGGUUCAAUGAAGACAUAUUGGCUGGACAAAAAAGAGUAUCGUAAUCCAUUAAUGCGCAUGGCUAUUCCUGGCCCAAAACCACAGUGGGAGUAUGAUGCCGAUCGUGCAUCUAUGCAUGGUCUGCUAGGCCCCUCAGAUGAACGCCGUGUCUAUUCACCAGUCACUUUUCAAGAUGUGGCAAGGCGUUCUAUAGCAAGUUCACCUGUUAAAACCACAGGGAAUCGAGAAAUACGUUCCAACUCCAUGGGAGCUGUAUUUGCAACUUCCUGCAUGGCAACAUCUUCAGUAAGUGACAUUGAUCGGGCAGAUGUAAUCACUUCCUUCGCACGGAUACAAACUACAUGUACAGCUAUCUCACCACAAGGGAAGGCUGCUCCCUUGAUGAAGUUUCCAUCAAUAAACAGUGUGUCCUCAGAUGGAGCUCUUCUGCCUAUACCUCCUCUAAAUUCUCCAGUUCCUGGCACAGAUUGUGAAACUGUUAAUUCUCACUUCGGUAACUGCCCUACACUGACUUGUCACAAGGAAAGUACUCUGUGUGACAUGCAUCAUAAUACGUAUGGAAAUAUACAAAGCUCAACAGUAGUUCCAGAAGAAGAUGAAGAGGGAGAUGAGGAAGAAGACAGUGUGCCUGUGAAGAUGCAGCUUCCACCCACUUCACGUUCUGAUGGGAGCCUAUGCAUCCGCACUAAGAAAGUGAUUCACCGUAGCCAGGGACAGGGAAUGGUCCAGCAACAGUGUUGUGGUGGGUUUGGCAAUUCUGGGUCAAAAGACAAGCAGCACAGCAAUUCUUGUGAUAUUCUCUGAAGCUAAACAUUGAUUCUAGUUAUUAACAUUAAUGAAUUUGCAUACAGUUGUACCAUGGAAGUAUUUUUCAAGUGUUGAAGUGUUUAUUUCAUUUUAUGUGAGACAAACAGCUGGAGGAGGCAUGACAGAGAAAAAAAAUAAAAAGUUUCAUAUUCCAGAACUGCCUUAUCCUUCAACAGGAGAAAAAGUAGCUAACAAACAGAAAGAGAUCUUACAUCAUCACUUAACAUAGAAAUAAAUUACAUCUUAUUUCUCACUCCUCUACAUGAAAUUGUGUGUCUGUUAUUGAACAUAUUUAAAUAAUCUUCUUCUACUUUCCACAUUCCUCUUCCAUAGAAAGAGAAACCAAACAUAAAAUCACAACAUUUAACAUCUUUAGUUACUGUGUUUUUCUUUUUGUGCAUAGAGAUCAGAUGAAUCUCAUACUCAUAAAAAGGAGACAGCAACAAACAUUACAAAAUGAUAAAUGAAUUUCUGUCUGUGUAAUUUUUUGGGAUCUAUUACUUUUUACCAUUUAUUUGUCAUCCCUUUGAAGUUUUAUGUUGUUCAAUUUUCCUUUUCAUGACCAUAAAGAAUGUAACAAAAGUAGUUCGUCUCAAAUCAAAUGUUUCUAAUAUUAGUGUACUCUCACUUGUAUGCAAAUUCAUUUUAUGUUGUGAACAUUAAUGAGUGUUGUUGAGUGAAAUGUUUUUCUGAAAGCAGUGAGCAUUGUUAUGGUGUCUAUUACAGACAAUACUCAUCAAGGAUACUCACAUUCUAAACUGUUUUAAAACUUCUGUACAUUUCCAUAUGCAAGUAACAAUUCAUGUUAUCUAUUGACACAUGUAGAUAUUAAACUGCCUAUUGAAAAUAUAUAAACCAUUAGAGUCCUCAUAAUGUUGACCAUCUGUUACACAAAAUGUUAAAUUUUAUAGCCAUGUAGUUACAAUAGCUAAAUUUAGCUUCGUGUACCUGUGUCUGAACAUAGCUGUGUUUGCUUAAUUAUUAGGUUAAUUUAUUAAAUGUUACCAUUGAAGAUUAUUCACAAACCAGGCUGUGUUAUGUUAUGAAACCUUAGUAUAAUCUAAGUUAUUGAAAACUAUAACUUUUAAUAUUAGCAAAAUACUGAUACAAACUUAAUUUUACAUUUGUUAAAUAGCCUUGUGACACAAUGACUUUCCAAUUGUAAUUUUUCCUUACAUUUAGUAUCAUUCUGCACAUUCAUUUCUGUAUUGUUUAUUUUACUACAAAGACAUUCACCAACUUUUUUAGUAUCUCAGGACACAAAAUCUCAGUAUCCAAAACAGUGUUAAGUGCAUGAAACAAGUAUGCAAGAAUUAAAUCAGAUACCUCCCAUUUAAUACAUUUUACUGCAUUCCUUUUUGGUGAUUUCCAUACUUACACCAAUACACUGCACAUGCAGACAGUGUGAGAACUGAAAACUGUUGAUAAUGGAAAUGAUUAAAGAAAAACCAAGUUUCUUGUUAUUCUUAGAAAAUUAAUGGACUUGAGUUACAUGUAACAGAACAAAAUCAUAACCAUACAAAUAAUGUGCACAACUUUUAAAAAGAUGUUGUUUUAAUGGAUACCAAGAAGGAAAAGAAAGAACAGGGAAAAUGUCCAGAUGUGAAUCAAAGGGCUGAGGAACAUGAUAUGGGAAACAGAAGGAGCUAGAAAGUGUGUUAGGAAAGCAAGAAGAGGGUAUAGGCAAAAGAAAGAAUAAAAUCAAAUGCACACAGAAUCAUAUUAUUUUUACUACAUUAUACUUUACUGGGAUUGUUAAAAUUAUAUUUUAGCUUUCCUUGAAACUUCACUUACAUCUGUUGGUCUGCUCAUUGUCUCAGUGCUCUAUUCUUUAUUUUGUAUCACUGCAUUUCUUUUUCAUGCAAAUAAUGUAAUAUUACUCAUGCCCAGACUCAGCAAUUUAUGGCCAAAGAAGUAUACUUCUGACUGUGAGCUGAGAGACUUAUUUAUGCAUGACGUAGGAUGUGUAGAAAAAAUACCUCACCCACAACAUAUAUAAGUUUUCUUUGUCUCUUAGACACAGUCUUCAACCACUGUAAGCAGUGUCUUUAUUGAUUUUGUAGUAAUAUGAUAGUUUGCAACAAUAUGAAAAAUGUUUCUUGCUAAUUACAAUUAUAGAAUUAUCACUGCAUUCUGCUCUCUGAGAAAACCUUUUUCAAUGACAAUAAUAUGUGGUAUGGAUGCUUUUGUAACUGCUCCUAGAUUUGCUUUUUAAUAAACUCCCAUUUACCUGUGACUAGUCUACAACUGGGGUCUACUCAUUAGCAUGGCUGCCUCUAGGGUGCAGGAUCCCAGGUUCAGUUUCUGGCUCGGUCUGAGAUUUUCUCACUUGGGUACUAGGUGUUUGUGUUGUGUUUGUCAUUUCAUGUAAUUUUCAUUGAUGUGAAAGUAACUUAAGUGGUGUCAAAGAGAAAGCCUUGCACCAGAUGACUGAACAACCCCACAUUGGAUCUCCCUGGCAAUAAUACCAUAUGGUUGCUUCAUUUUUUUCACUUAUGACUCCAUAUAGGUAAUGCGGGCAGAAAUAACUCUGAAGGCAGCACUGUUCAUCUCUCACACUUAUUGCUGGUCCAACAAUGAUUCUAUGGUUCAAGCAAUAAGGUACUAUAAUUUGGUAUAUGAAUGUUUUGAAAUUGAAGGAAAUGAGGAACAUAUGUUAUGUAGAUAUAAUGAGAUACUUUAUUUCUGAUGUUGGAAAUAUUUCUUACGACACUAUUUGUUCAAGGAUAAAAGAUUUCAGUUUCACUGCAGGAAAAUAAGACUGUUUAUCAUCAACAAUUUCCUAAUGAUAUAUUCUAGCGUUCAUGCAUGGAACACUACUGAUUUUUCUUGAUUCUUGAUCAACAUUUAGUUACUGACAUAUGUGCAGAGAAUAAGAUACUGUACAUCACAGUUUUAGUUCAUUAACAUGGGAAACUUAUAUGGAUACACAACUGAAAUUUGGAGAAAUGAGCAAACAUUUCACACAUUUAUUCAUUAACAGUAAUUUACAAGGUUUCAUUAUUUGAACAACACAACAAAUGAAAACAAAAUUCAAAUAUAGGCCUAAGUGAUAUUUUCACAGGUUACUUCUAGAAAAAUUGCAGUCUGUAAAAGAAUAACUAAGUUGCUUGUUUUACAGUCACACAUUGUAUUUGACUUAUCUGUUUCACAUACUGUUGAUCAAUAGGGACUGAUUUCAGUUACUAUGAGAUUAACUGCUUCCAACAAAAGUUGUGCUUUGCUUUUUAUCCAUUGCUUUACACUGUUUUCUGCUUAAAAACAGCUUUAAUUAUUUCUGUACAUUGUCCUGAACUAAGACUUUUAAAUGUAUUUUGUACUCAGUCGGUUUUAUACAUGUCCUGUAUAUAUCAUUUUCACCAGGUGUACAUUCAAAUCAGUAUGUGAUUGUUGUUUCUUCUCAUGUUUCUAUGAAAUUCUUCCAGUGUUAAACCCUACUCUUCCUUCAUGUUCUUCCAGUACAGUAGGUUGUGUAGGAAUGCAGCUGCCUAUUAACUUAAGCUUUAAAAACAGUUCAAAAUGACAAUUUUUGAAAAAGAAAGUAUGUAAGUUAUCAGCCAAAAAAGUCAUAUAUAAAGCAACCUACAAAUUAAUAUAAAAAAAUUACUGGUUUAAAUGAAGCUCUUCAGUGACAUGUGUUGCCUAUAAAAUCAGUUGCUAAGAGAUAAUUAAAUAAUGUAGCCUUUGUUGUGCUGUCAUUUGUGAAGAAACAAGCACUGGAUGAUAAUGAUUUUACUACAAUGUAAUUGUUUUAAAAGACUGUAAUAAAAGAUAAUUUUACUCUAAAU